AUGAGUAAUUUCAAUGAUGAGAGGCGGUUCUUUAACUAUCCUGAGCCUCAGGAAGGGAAUCCGGUCUUGAGAGGACCCUUGCUUGUUGCUGCUGCUUUUUUGAUGGAAUGGAUUCGGUUUAUUCGUGAGACUGCUUGGGCUAAUGCGGGUUUCGCUUCGCUCCGGAACAUCCGGGCUUAUCUUGAGCAUUUCGAGCCUCGCUACGAUCCAACUGUCGUGCCAAUUGCGCUAUCUGAAGCUGAGGCUAAAGAACGCGGUGAGAGGUUACAGAUUUCGGCUUUACAGCAGGCAAAUGCUUCUCAGACAUUAAAUCCGUCAAAAUUCUACUCAGCAGCUGAUUAUCGAGCUCUCUACCUCUCUGGAGAGCUCACCCCAGUUGACGUUGCCAAGGCAAUCCUGCCUUUGGUUGAAGUCGAUGGCCCUACACCUGGCCGACACGCCCAAGGCUGGAGAGAGCUCAAUAUCGAACGUAUCAUGAGAGCUGCUGAAGCUUCAACAGAACGCUAUAAGAACAAACAGCCCCUCGGCCCCCUCGAUGGCGUUCCAUCCGCUAUCAAAGACGACUAUGAUUUAGACGGCUACUCAACAACUCUCGGCUCUCCAAGAGAUUACACCGAAACUCCUAAGGACGGAGAAUCAACUACAAGUUGGAUCGUACGAAAACUCGAAGAAGCGGGUGUCGUCAUCAUUGGCAAACUCGCCAUGCACGAGUUCGGACUAGAUACGACCGGAAACAACCCCAAUCAAGGAACGCCGCGUAAUCCAUUCAAUUCAGGCUAUUAUACCGGCGGAAGUUCAUCUGGUCCUGCUUACGCUGUUGGUUCUGGACUUAUUCCUCUUGCGUUGGGCAGCGAUGGCGGUGGCAGUAUUCGAAUUCCUGGAUCGUUUUGCUCAGUGUUUGGGUUGAAGCCUACACAUAACAGACUUGCGUCUUGGCCUGGUGCUAAUCACUCACCGACAUGUGCUGUUCAAGGACCGUUGGCUGUUGAUAUGCAGUCGUUAGCAGCUGCGUACGAAGCCAUCGCUGAACCUCAUCCGUCAACACAAUUCCCGCCUUUAGCUCUUCAACCUUCACCACCUGUUACGAAAGUCCUCGGAAUAUUCGAUGCAUGGAUCUCACGCGCCAAACCAAGUGUUCAGUCGUUGGUUCGCGGGCUGGUUGAGUCUUUGGCGGCUAAGCACGGAUACACCCUCGUCCCGAUUGAAAUUCCCUUCCCUGCUGAGGGCCAGAUGGCGCAUGCACUUACUGUUCUGACUGAUGCUUCGACAUUACUUUACGAUACGAAGGGUUUGACGCCCGCUAACAAGAUUCUGCUUGCUCUUGGAAGGACUACGCCUUCGACGGAUUAUCUGUUGGCUCAGAAGUUGAGAGGGAUGUUGAUGCAGCAUCUUUCAUAUCUUUGGAAGACAUAUCCCGGCAUGCUUAUCAUAACUCCCACUACGGCUUGCGCUGGUGCACCUAUCCGCGGUGGAAAAUCAGAGUUAUCUUAUGGCGUUAACGACGGGAAUUAUACUCUCGAAAGCAUGGAGUAUGUCUGGCUCGCUAACUUCUGCGGUCUUCCUGCUAUUACGGUUCCAGCAGGAUAUGUUAUUCCCGAGGGAAGAAAGGACGCUGGCGAAGUUGCUGAUAAAGAUACCGAGGGUAAAAUUCCAGUUGGACUGAUGGCGACCGGCGAAUGGUGCAGUGAAGAUGCGCUGUUGCAGUUUGGGUUUGAUGCAGAGGCUGCUGGACAGGAUCUUCGAUGCAAACCCCCGAUUUGGGAGGAUGUUAUUUCGAGGGCCAAGGAUGAGGCUAAGUUGAGUCGAGGUGCCUCCAGUAGAGGCCAGUCUCAGAACAUCCAAUUGCAGCUUCCUUCUUUGGCAAGAUUCUCGGAGCCUUGCAUAUCUCCGCACCUUGCUGCGGUAGAACAGACGAGCAAAGAAGUCGGACCUAUGGGUUCCUCAAAGCACGACAUUCGCGAGCUCACCAGCUCAGAUGAUGACAUCCAGCAAGCAUGGAAGCUGUGGCAUACAAUCUUUCCAGACUGGCCCAUCGAGCAAGGACGGUUCGUAGGGCUUCUGUUUGGCAUAAAGGGCCAACAUUGGAUUCACGAGCAUGGAUUCUGUCUGUCCUUCUAUACUAAGAGCGGAAGCCUCGGGCAUAUUGCAGCCAUCGGAGUCUUACCUGAAUACCGUCGUAAAGGACUCGGCAAUGCACUACUAGAGAAAGGAAAGGCUGGUUUGAAAGAUGCGGCGAAGGAUGCAGGUCAAGAGUUGAAGUCUUUGGCAAUGGGGUCCAUCUUUCCGAGACUUUGGUAUCAAGUGCCAACCAGUAUUUCGCCGGAAACGAAACAAUUUCUUUCUCACCGAGGGUCGUAUAAUACUACAAACACUACUCGAGAUCUUUAUAAGGACAUCAAGGAUGAGAUUGCACCGCCUGAGAUAAUGGAGCGAGUCUCAAAGACAAACAUCAAGUUCACCCCAUGGUCACCGGAGCUAUAUGAAGAAUGCAUGAAAAAACAACAAGAACUAUUCACCUGGGGCGGUAUCUACGAAGCUCUCGCAGCACGAGGCCAACACCACGAAGUAAUGGUCGCCAUCGAUCCAGACACCAACAAACAAAUCGGCUGGACUCUUAUGUGCUCUUUCGCAUCUUCUGCAGGUGAUGUCUUCGCAUUUCUUCCUCUCCUUCCUUCUGGAGAAAAGACUGGUCUUAUCGCUGCGGUUGGAGUAGAUGAGGCAGCAAGAGGGAAGGGUGUCGGGUUAGCACUCGUCGUCAAGGCCAUGGAGAAUCUGAAGGAGAGAGGUAUGGAGGGUAUUCUUAUUGACGCUGUUGCUAUACGGGGGUUCUAUGAGAAACUGGGCUUUGAAGCGCGUUGGGAGUAUGAGUCGUGUAGUUUUGAUGCGGCUACAUCAGACGCUGAGGCCUGA